GGGGAGUGACCAGGACGCUUUAGGGACAGGUCCAGAGAGAAAGAGCGAGAGAAGGAUAAGGUUAGUUCUAUGAUAAGGAAGGAACAUCAGAUCCUUUCCUCCCCAAGUCCACCUUUAGAACUCUUUUCCAGGGGAUUAACGAGUGUGGAGAGAGAGAGAGAGAAACAAUAUGACAAGAAAAGGAACAUGAAAGAAAUCGUCAUUAAACGCACUUGAAGUUAUCUCUUCCUUCUUGCACCUCUCUCUAAUUUAAUCUUAAACCCACUCCAAGUUCCCCCAAGGGACUUCUCUCUCUAUUUCAAGAGAGACAGAAUCAGAAGAGUCCAUUCCUCCUGAUUCCCACCCAAGUGGGAAUAAAAACAGGAUUCCACUCUUUCUUUCUGUUCCUCCUCUCAUCCCUCCUUCCCCUCCUCCUCUUCAUCAUGACGUUGCUGGCCUCUGAGAGGUCGCUUCUCAUCCGGAACAAAUUCCGCUCAGUCUUGCAGUUGAGGAUUCAGAACCGAAGGCAAAAUGAAAUCGACUCUGGGUUGAAAACUGCCUGUUCCUCUCACAAAGGAGAGAAAGACCAGAGUAAAGCUUUGCGUCUAACUGACGAUGGCACCACUCAGAAGUCGCCCCUGUGUGGUCUGAACAUUAAAACUGCACAAGACAGGAGUGUAUGUGGGACCGGAAGGCAGAAGAAGGCUCGGCUGGCUAACAACCUUGGAGAGAAGGUCCAGCAUCGGCCCGGACCUCUGGACCUAAUACACAAACACAUACUGCCUCCGGAGAACCGCCCAGUCUCCUUCCCUCUCUCCUCAGAUGUUUUCCAAGAUGACAUCUCUUCCUGCUCUUCCUCCUUGUCUCCCGAGCAACUCGGGGUCCUCCAAUCACCAGCCCUCUCCUCAUCGCUGGGGUUCUUAGACGACCAAUCGCUGAGUGACCUGUCCCCUGGGGUCUUGCCCCUUAACCACAGUCCCGUCCAUGUUCAGUCUAUCUUGGCUUUGCUCCCAGCAACCGAGGGCAUCAGCCAGCCAAUGAGCAUGACCGUGGGCGACUCCAACUCCAUGGCGAUGACCGGGAGACCAAAGGGGAUGUAUCUUACCUCCCAUGCCACGCCCCUGCUGCCAAAGACAGCCCGGUCGCUCACACCUCCCUCCGACUCCUCUUCCCUUACUCCCUCCCUGACUUCCUCUCGCCCCCCCCGCCCGCGGAAACCACGGGAUUCACAGCCCAAGAUGAGGAAACUCAAAUACCAUCAGUACAUUCCCCCCGACCAGAGAGGGACGGCCGGGACUGCCGGGGGAGGGGCCAGUCAGAGGAGUCCCACCCCAGCCCAGCUCUUAGACCCCGCCUACUCCAGCCUCCUGCAGCAACAGCAGGUGUUCCUCCAGCUGCAGAUCCUUCAGAAACAACAACAACAACAGCAGAACCAGCAGCAACAGGACCAGCAGCAGCUCACCGUCACACCCAGUGGAGACACCAACCAAAUGGUGAGGUUCUCUGGAGCCAUGCACCAAAACCCUCAGCCUGUAUCCAUGGUAACAAACCACACCUCUGUGGACACAAGUCCCUCCAACAAGUCUGAGCUCCACCCACCUAACCUGGUCGACCUCACGGUGUCUGAGUUGCGACAGCAGCUGCGUGAGCGAGGUCUUCCUGUCUCCGGCACCAAGCCCGCCCUUCUCCAGAGGCUCCGCCCUUUCCAGCUGCCCCACCUGUGCUUGACCCCUGUGCCCCUCUGCCAGCUGGGUACCAGCCAGGAACCCCUUACCCCCACCUCCUUGCUCACCCCCAGCCACUACCCCAGCUCCAGCCCCAGCUCUGGAACUGACUCCCCCACCAACAGCCCUAACCCUCAGGUCUACAUCCAGUCCACUGGAAUUCUGAGCGGGGUCCCAAACGGAAUUGUUAAUGGCAUUCCGAAUGGUAAAUCUAAUGGAAUAGGGGUCAGUGUGGUGGGGGAGCAGUGUGGCUUCCUGGCCGCUGCGUUAACCCCAUCGUCGACACCCAGCCCCGGUCUCCCCCCAUGCUCCUCUUUGCCACUGUCGACUGGCGCCCCCUGGCGGUCGGAGCAGGAGCAGCAGGAGCUGAGCCUGGAGCUGGGGAUGAGGGAGAGGAUGAGGAGCAGGCCCAGGGAGAGGCUAUCUCCUCCUCUGUCUCUAUCCUGUGGGGGUUCCCUCCAUCCCUUCCUGCAACAGGAUCCAGGAUGGCCCAGAGGGACACCAGAGAGGGAAGGACAGACAGAGAUCCUGUUCACACAGGUGUUCUGCUGCCAGCCGUGGGACAUGAUUGGCCAGGACUUUGAGCUGCCUAUGCAGAUCACAGCCAGUCCCAUUCAAGCCCCACCCAGCGUCCGCAGUCUGGAGGAGGAGCUGCAGGAGGCCAUUAACAGAGUACUGAUGGACCCCAGUCAGUCAAUAGAGGACAUUCUGGAGGAACCUACCACCUGUGUGGACUCCCACUCCUCCUCUGUCUCAGACCUCCAAUCCCCUGUCACUAUCCUCCCCGGCCCCUCCUCUCCUCCCCAAACAGACCAGUCCCAGCCUUUCCGUUGUCAUUCAAAGGAUGACAACUUCCUAUCCUCUCCUCUCUGCUCCUCCUUAUUGCUGGAGCUCCCGCCGUCGCCUUCGACGAUGGUUCCCCGCCAAGCCGCCCCACCCCCUCUCCCCAUCUGUACUUCUCCCCUGCCUCCCACUGUGACCUCACGGAAGAGGCGGGUUCAGGCAACCUUUGACCCUGCUGAUUGGUUGGGGUCGCUAGCCUCUGGACUCCGCCCUCUCAGUCCUCCAUCUGCCCCAUUCGUUGAGACCGACUUUGGCCUCAAUUCGGAUCUGAACGUCAACCGAGCGUUGGAUCUCAUGGUGGAGCAGUGGUGAAGGUCUUAGGUGUGUUUGUAUGUGUGUGUGUGUGUGUGUGUGUUAGUCGGACUUAAACAUACACCUCCCAAACAAUGGGAACAGAUUUGUGAAUGUCCAUCCAUCAGUCUAUCCAUCCAUCCCCUCUGUCCACUCUGUGAGUGAGUAGUCUGAGAGAGGUGACUGCAGGUCUGUACCCCACGCAAUGUCGAGAGACAGAUGCUGCUGCAUUGGAAGAGAUGAAAAAAGAUAGAGUUGCAUUGGUGGAACAAUAACUGGCAGAGGGAAUCACACACACACAAACCUUGGGUUGUCCUGUUAAAUAAAAAAUGGCCAAAUACAACAAAUGAACAAUGCAUAUUUGGAGUCACACACACAAUCCAACACAUUGUUUCCCACUGUAAACAAAGAAACCCAGUUGAACAGGGCCCCUACUGUUCCCCCAGCCACAGUCAUUGAGUCCGAGUCAUUCAUAAAGGCCAUUAAAGCCAGACUGGGCAGACAGACAGAGCACACAGCUUGUACAUGUCUCCAGACCUUUCCCCUAGUGCCAGACACACAGUCGGCAUGUGGAGAGAGAGAGCUGGCAGACACACUUCCCUGUAAGGGUUGUGUGGUAUGUGCAUGCCUGGCUGCUUCUGUUUGUGUAGGUGUGUGUGUGUUAAUACAAGUAUAUUGGCAACAAUUCAGAUAAAUAUACAAUGUGUGUGUGUGUGUUAAUACACACACACAUUGUAUAUUUAUCUGAAUUGUUGCAAAUAUACUUGGAGCUCCUACUUUGUGUAGACUAAGUGUGCAAUGUCUCUGAGUGUUGAUUUUGUACAGUUGAUCUGUGAGAGAGAGAGAGAGAGAGAGAGAGAGAGAGAGAGAGAGCGAGAGAGAGAGAGAGAGAGAGAGAGAGAGAGAGAGAGAGAGAGAGAGAGAGAGAGAGAGAGAGAGAGAGAGAGAGAGAGAGAGAGAGAGAGAGAGAGAGAGAGAGAGAGAGAGAGAGAGCAAAGCCGCUUCCACAUUUCGUGCCUAUUUUAAUUGUGGUCUCAACACUAGUCUGUUGCUGUAAUAUAUAACACUGUGAGGGGGUCACUAAAACCUAAUGAACCACUAUGUUCAAUUCAAUGCUAGUCUUUUUUUUAUUUAAGAGAGAAAAAAAAACUGUAAACAUCCUAUUAAGCCAAGAGAUAAAUAGCAAUCACUCUGAGAGGCUUCAGAGCCUGCAACACGACCAUAUUACCAGAGUGUAUGUUCUCAUCAGCGUAUGAGAACAGGUGGCCACUGUUUUAUGAGGACCUCCCACAGUGUUUGGAGGAAACAGCUUGGUGCUCUACACACUGUAAGGGCCACAGUCACUGUUUACACCUGUUGAUAUGGAGAUAAAAAGGUCAAAUAAAGGUUAUGCGCAGGAUAACAAUGGCAAUUAAUUUCAUGAAACAAUUUCAUGAUUUUAGCUUAAGAUUUUUUCAGUGCUUUAUCCCAUACUGUAAAAACAGGUAGAAUCAGGAAAUAAAUCUGUCCCAAAGGGAGGCUGUUCUGAUUGCAGGAAAUGACACAGGUGUUCCCUGAGACCACAAUCUCUCUCUUGGCCAGUUCCAAAUCAACCUCUAACCCCUACCCCCUAGGCACAUGAGGAGGAUAGAACUGGAUAGAUAUAAUCAAUAUGGUAAUAGCUCUACCAUUCCCCUGAUAGGCUAUGUGGAACUUUCCCCAUAUCGCUCACAGCUAUCCAGCCUACUAGAAGUUGUGCCCUGGUACGAGGGGCUAGAGGCUAGGGGUCCGCAUGGGAUUGGCCAUAUUCAUUUUAAAUGACCACCAGGGGUGUCCCAUCAGAAAAGAUCUGAGGAGGUGAAUACUGUACUUCUCCCUAACAUGGAUCAUGAUGAAGUUGUCUGUGUUUCCGUGCUAUCAGUGAUUGACAAGGCAGUCCAAGGGCUUAUUCUCAGGGUCAGAACGUUCAGUAUUUACAGAGCAGAUAUUAUUCUCUAUUCCACAUGAUGUUCUACCAGAUCCAAUGGUUCUGAGGUCAUGACAGACUUAAUUCAGCUGUUGUGAUUCAGAUUAGUUGCAUGGCCUGUCAAUUAGUGAAGUAUGUGAGCACUGAUUAUGGCCUGGCCUGAGAGCAACCCACAGCCUCGGUUAGCAGUAUGGUGACGGCUCCACCUAGCCUUCCAAUAGGCUUAGGGGAACUUCUGCCAUAUUUCUUCUGCCUAUCUGGUUCAUGUAGAUUAGAAAACCAAAGGGGUGUAGGGGCUAGGGGUUGUUUUUGGACCAGGCCUGUGUUAUGUUCAUUGGGAGAAUACAACACAUAGUGUGCUUUCCUAACCUCCUAGCUGACUCGACACCCUUCUUAAAGACCAUUAACAACAAACUGUGAUCUUACUAAUGUUCCCCAGAGACAUUUAUUUAUAUAUAUAUGGUUCUGAUGUUCCCCACCCAGUCUCUGCAUAAUAACCACUGCGCUAAGUGCAAUAUGCUGUACGUGAAGGGCACAGCCAUUGGGAAAUACCAGGCCCCCAUAUCUCUGUCUUGUCGUUACUCUAAACAAAAUGGUGUAAUGGGUCCUCACUCAACAAGAUGUUGCAUAAAGCUUAGUUCAUUUGACGGUUUUCACUGCAUCAGGGAUAGCAUACACAGACGUUUCAGCUUCACAGCCUUCUUCAGUGUGUAGGUACAAAUGUAUUUGAAUUCAAAACAGCACUUGUAGGGAACAACAAGUUAGCAGCAGGUGCUUCUAAGCAGAGUUACCAAUCAUCUGCCAAGCUUUCAUGUUGAAGCAUUUCACGAGCAGCUUUCACCGUAGAACUGUAGAAAACCAUGUUGAAUGGUGACAAUCGGACAGACUGACAACCGUGAUAAUCACAGUGGUCAAACACGUUCUCUGUCGGCUGCGAGAGAGAGAAACGCGGGAGAGUAACAUGCUACCUCUUGUGAAUGGAGAUGCUUUAGGCCUACUGUACUCUGUCUGGUCCUGGACAACCGGUGGUCAAACACGUUCUCUGUCUGCUGCAUUUAGGAUGAUAAGAGAGAGAAACGCGGGAGAGUAACAUGCUACCUCUUGUGAAUGGAGAUGCUUUAGGCCUACUGUACUCUGUCUGGUCCUGGACAACCGGUGGUCAAACACGUUCUCUGUCUGCUGCAUUUAGGAUGAUAAGAGAGAGAAACGCGGGAGAGUAACAUGCUACCUCUUGUGAAUGGAGAUGCUUUAGGCCUACUGUACUCUGUCUGGUCCUGGACAACCACUGUGCAUGCUGGUUUUCAUCUGAAUCAUUCUCUUCCCCUACAUCUGUGCUGAUAUCACCUGACUUAUGUUAGGAGUGUAUCACUUUCAGAAUCAUUGGAGAGGUUGGUGGGUUGGUUGGGAGAACUGUCUAUGCUAGGUUAUUCCAGGAAAAGCAACAGGAGACUAGGUGAAGCUAUGCUGCAAAUGCCUGAUCCUUCCCCCUUCCUGUCUGUCUGUGUUGUGAAGGUAUUUCUUUCCCCCUUGAGGCUUUCUGUAACCAGAAUGAGACAAAGAGGGAUGAGACUGAGACAUUGUCAUAAUCAAGAUCAGGAAGUAUCAGAAACAACUGUUGCCAUUGUUUCAGUCAGCUCCAUUCAUUGGGAGUUCAAUAUGUCUUCCAAUGCUGAUAACUUCCUGAAUAAUCUUCAGAUUGAUAACAUCACUGUCUAAUCUUUCUUCAUCUCAUCCUAGUACUGUAACCAGAUAGUGUGGGGAUGACCCAAUGGCAAAAAUAAAUCAGUAUUUAAUUGUAUUUAUUUAAUUAAUAUGUAACUUAUUCAGGCAAAAUGUUAUCAAUACGUGUUCAAAUUGUAUUGUAAAAAACAUGAAGAAAUUAAAAGUCUUAAUAGAUUUCCCAUCCACUGUCUCAUUGUCUUGUGUCUGAUCAGGAUGUCCCAGUAAAUGUCCUUACUGGAGGUGAUUGAUGGCAAAUUAUUGAUAAGAAAAAGGGAUCAUGAAUUGUAACCAAUGGAAGCUACAUUGCUCAGGAGAAGGGAAUAUUAACGUAAUCAUUUGCUCAUUCUCCAUUAGUCGCAAUGUGACUGGUAAUACAAAGUUAAUAAUAUUUCUGGGCAUUUUAAUGAAGCUUCCACACACACACACAAAACUCCGAUUACAACUCACCCAGGUAAGUAGAUCAUCUAAAUUUAGAGUUGAUCGUGAGGUUGAAGCCAAACAGAGGAUUUAUUUUUGUUUUAUUGAUAGGCCCACUAAUAAAUUAUAUUUAAAAAGCCAUGAAAAAUGUAUGACUUCCACACAGCUUGAUUGCGAUCCAGAAUGUUCAGUCAUCAGUUAGUCAUGUGAACGUACAGUUGAAGUUGGAAGUUCACAUACACUUAGGUUGGAAUCAUUAAAAGUCAUUUUUCAA